AUGGAGGCUCUCGGAAUUGGCUCCCGAAAUGUGGCUGACAGUGCUAUGUUUAGAGGGCUUGUGCAGUGUGGGAAAAUGGAAGAAGCAAUGCUGAUUCUUGAUUGCAUGCUUAGGGUGCAGCUUGUUCCAACUAUCACCACUUUCACAACUCUGAUGCAUAAGUUCUGUAAAGAAUUUAACCCGAUAGAGGCUACGUUGUUGCUUACAAAUGUUCUCAUUACUGGCCUUUGUGCUAGUGGUGGUAUUGUACAAGCAUUUGAUCUAUAUGAGGAGAUAAAACAAAGGGACCUCUGCCCUAAUACCACCACGUUUACUGUUCUUACCGAUGCUCUCUUGACCAAGAACAAUAUUGUGAAGGGUGAAAUGAUUUUGAUGGAUUUACAAGACAGGGGAUUGAUAUCUCGAGAUCAAAGCACCCAAGAUUUGCACAAAGGUUUGAUGGACCAUUGUGGAGGCUUGCUAGCAAACGAGGUUGUGAUGGGAAUUUCUUUACCUAACCAAUUAGGAUGCAAGAUGAGUUAUUUAUUUCUCAUGCAUGGUAUCAUGGACAGAGCACGCCUCUUUAUGGAUCGGUGGGGAGCAGAUUUUAGGCUUUCAGCUGCUAAAGUUGGGAAGUCUUCUGACACCAAGUACAUCAAGAUUUAUGGUUUCCCCACUGACUUUCACUGGUGCCAAUACAAGUCGUGA